GAAAACCACAUAGCAGGGAACGCCUAUUGGCUCGUUCUGAUUGCCAGUGUCAGCCUAUUGGGUGAAGAAAAUAGGUACUACUGUAGUUAACUGUACAGAGGCAUAGUGAGGGACGACGGAAGACAACAACAACAUGAAAGGAGACCACAUGUCAUAUUUGAAUACGUUUCGCAAUGCGAGAAAAUCAUCAACUUCUGGUUCUUGAAACAUUUUACAUUGAAAAGAGAGAAUACAGAAACGUCAUAUUACCUCUAGUUCAACACUGACAGGAGAACAAGAGGAAAACCAACAUAGAAUAAGACAAUAACCCGCUAUAGUCAUCAUCAGGACUCAAAAUCCGUAAUUACCUUGGCUUGGGUAAAUUCAAAUCUAUGGCUUUUAAAAUGGAUCACACUCAGGAUUGUGUGGGUGACAUUCCAGAAAACAUAAACGAAAAAUAUGAUUUGGACCACUUAGGAACUACACAUUACCCAGAAUUUCAGUUCUGUAAUACCUCCACUAAUACAAGCAAUAGAACACUACCAGGUGUACGCGUCCGGCUCUACUCGGAAUCCCAGGUGUGUUCCCAGGUUGGCAGACAGGACAACACAGAGUUUCAGGUUGCAAUGACUCCUACGGAGGAGAGUGGGGGCGAUGCAGCACCGUUCCGGGGCCGGUCACAGUCUGCUCCCCCUGCGCUGUGGGCUGCAAAAAAAUAUGGCUGCCAGCUGAGGAGGAUGAGUGAUGAAUUUGACACCUGGCUUGACAAAGGGGAGCCCAAGAGAGGAAUUAUCCCAGGAAGAGCAAAGCAGGUCUACAGAGGAUGGUUCUCGUUCCUCUGGAGUCCAAAGGAAGCUGAAGGCAGGGACUGAGGAACUAACGGUGCCUUCAUAACGUUUUCAUAACAAUAACAACUGGACCACAGCUGAAAUACUCAGUUCUUAUAUGCAUACAUCUGUGUCUCAAUGGAGAAAAUCAGCAAUUCAAAUCUGUUGUUGUACAAUCAAAUAACAUAUUAUGCAAAAAUUAAUUGCAUAUUAGAAAUAUGUUGCAAUAGUUAAAGUUAUUCAGGGCAUAAUAGAUGCAAUUUUGAAGAAACGCCUUGAUAAAAUGUGACAAUCUCUUGUGCCAAUUACAUAUUUAUAACAUAUUUAGUGUAACAAAUAUUUGCAGUGACAUGUCAAUUGUUCUACUGUAUGAAAUGUUUUUACAUCUGUAAAUAGGGAUUUCAGAACAUAAUCCUUUUUUUUCAAAUUCACAAACUAUUAUAUUAUACUUUAAUGAUUCCACAAAGACAAACCUGUGACAGAACAACUGAUUUGUGAUGACUUAUAAUAGAAAAACAUGCUAUUAUACUGAUUUAGUUUUUGAUUUCUGUGGUUAGAUUAUAACCUGAAAUGGCAAAGAUGCUAGCCUACUAAAUGCCUUUGCCUGCAGAUUUUGACAAGGCAUAAGCACACAACUAAGUAAGAACAGAAUGAGUAGAUAUUUUAUAGUUUUAAAAGCACUUAUUCAAGUCAGAGUAUUGCCAAAAAUGUAUGUCUUCAUAUAUUUCAAUUAUCUUCAAACAUAAUUUGAUUGGUACACUUAAUUAAAUACUUUACAUUUUGUGUGUUUUUGUUAGAAACUGUCUUUAAUUUAUUGUGAAUCUUUUUUACAAAUUUAUUUUGUGCAUACAGGUAUUUCUUCACUUUAGUUUUACGUAUUUACAAUCCAGGCCAUAUGCGGCCUUCUUUUCCUGCUUUGCAUUGCAAAUUUUCUGAAUACUGUUAAGCUUUUGGUUAAUGAAAUGAGAGUGUUUGGGCAAUCUGUUGUAUAACUAUGAGAGUGCACUGCCAUCAUGUGUAACUGCUCUUCUACUUGAAACUUAGUGUCAGAAAAUGUUGAUGUAUCUUUUUAAUUAAAACAACUGUAUAUUUAAAAAUAAACGUUAUUU